GGGGCAGCGGAACGGGGUCAUGCCCUCGGUGAUGGAGAAACCCGGGGCGGGUUCGGGGAUCCUGUCCCGCAGCCGGGCCAAGACGGCUCCCAACGGUGGACAGCCGCACUCGGAGGAUGACAGCAGCGAGGAGGAGCACUCGCAUGACAGCAUGAUCCGCGUUGGAACCAAUUACCAGGCGGUAAUUCCGGAGUGCAAGCCUGAGAGCCCGGCCCGCUAUAGCAACAAGGAGCUGAAGGGGAUGCUGGUGUGGUCACCCAACCACUGUGUGUCUGAUGCCAAGCUUGACAAAUACAUUGCGAUGGCCAAGGAGAAGCAUGGCUACAACAUUGAGCAGGCCCUGGGCAUGCUCCUGUGGCAUAAGCAUGAUGUGGAGAAGUCACUGGCUGAUCUGGCCAACUUCACUCCGUUCCCGGACGAGUGGACCGUGGAGGACAAGGUGCUGUUUGAACAGGCUUUCGGCUUCCAUGGCAAGUGUUUCCAGCGGAUCCAGCAGAUGCUACCUGACAAGCUGAUUCCCAGCCUGGUGAAGUAUUACUACUCUUGGAAGAAGACUCGAAGCCGAACUAGCGUGAUGGACAGACAAGCACGGCGGCUUGGUGGCCGCAAGGAAAAAGAGGACAGUGAUGAACCUGAAGAGGGACGAGGAGCUGUGAGUGAAGGAGAGCCUGAUAUGGGGGAUCCUAAGAGAGAGCCUCUGCCUUCUCGACCUCUGAAUGCCCGUCCUGGCCCUGGGAAGAAGGAGGUCCAGGCAUCACAGUAUCGCCACCACCCAUUACGAACCCGCCGACGCCCACCCAAGGGCAUGUACCUGAGCCCUGAGGGCCUCACUGCAGUGUCGGGGAGCCCAGACCUCGCCAACCUCACACUUCGAGGUCUUGACUCACAGCUCAUCUCCCUCAAGCGCCAGGUGCAGAGCAUAAAGCAGACUAAUAGCAGCCUCCGCCAAGCCCUAGAGGGUGGCAUUGACCCCCUCCGCCCCCCCGAGGCCAAUAUCAAGUUCAACUCCCGCUGGACUACAGAUGAGCAACUUUUGGCUGUACAAGCUAUCCGCAGAUAUGGCAAAGACUUCGGGGCUAUUGCCGAGGUGAUUGGAAACAAGACUCUGACCCAGGUGAAGACCUUCUUUGUGAGCUACCGCCGACGGUUCAACCUGGAGGAGGUGCUGCAGGAAUGGGAGGCUGAGCAGGAUGGGGCACCUGCAACUCCCGCCCCCAUGGAGGAGGCUAGGCGAGGGGUGCCAGUGCCUGCUCCAGCCCCAGAAGAAGAUGAUGAGGUCCAGAUCACAUCUGUCUCCACAUCUGCGCCUCGAUCUGUACCCCCUGCGCCACCACCCCCUCCACCACCCACCUCACUGUCUCAGCCACCCCCAUUGCUGAGGCCACCUCUGCCCACGGCUCCUACCCUGCUCCGCCAGCCACCCCCACUGCAGCAGGGCCGAUUCCUGCAGCCCCGGUUGGCCCCCAACCAGCCCCCACCUCCUCUCAUCCGCCCAGCCCUGGCCGCCUCUCGCCACACUGCCCGCCCUGGCGCUCAGCCCCCACCCACCCUGAUCGGAGCAUCUCUGGAGCCUCCGGCACCCUCACUUUGAGUCCUGGUCUUCUAAACCCUGCCCCCCCUUUUGCUGGACACCACUGAGGACACAAGGGAUUAGGGCUCUUGCUAGAUCUUUUGAAGCACUAGAGCUACCGGGUGGAAUAGCUGGGACCUGUGUCCUGGCAGCUAAACCAGUCAAAACCGGGCUAGGGGCUGGGACUCGGGGCCCUUUGGAGCUGGCCCAAGGGUACUCCGCUUCCUGGGCUUCUUGGCUGGGACCGGAAUAGCUGCCUGCCUCCCUGCAGGGGCCUUGGCCUUUGGGCCUGCCUUUUGUGGGUACGGGGUAGUGACCUUAGCGUGGGGGGUCUCGUGGAAAAGAUAGUUUGGGGUGUUUGCCGACCUCAUUCACCUUGCCCUUCUUUCAGCAAUAAGUCUGGGGUGAGGCGGGACGGGCUGAGGGAAGGUGGGCAAAGGCCCCUUGCAGCCUCCCGGCAGCCAAGGCUGGAUGGGGAGCUGUGUUCAAGACCAGAUGGCAAUGCUAAGCAGCAUGAAUUAGGUGCCCACUUUGCCCCCCUCCCCCAAAAUUGGUGGGUUGGGAACUUAUGCAGACAUGGGUUUA